GGUUGUCACAACAGGGCGGAUUUACUUCUUAAUUUAAAUAGUCGAAAAAGGACGCGAAGGAAAGGAAUAAACAUCUGGAUUAACUCAACAGCUACUGUUUCUAAAUGGACUCUCUCGGAUUGAAACGACCGAGGAAGAUUUUUAAGAGAAAAAGGACAAACUUGGAUUUUAUUAUUGUGAUGGCCACGUUUGUUUAAGGCGUCACCAGCUAGGAUAUCAGUGUGAGGAUGAAGGCUCUCUUGAGGAGGAGGGUGCAGCAGGUGCUGUGCGUCCUGCUGCUGCCGUGUACUCUGCAACUGUGCGGCGCGCAGACAGAAGGAGUUUGUCUCGGCACCCAGAACUUACUGAGCUAUACAGGAAAUCCAGAGGAACGGUACAACCAGAUGAAGGAGACGUACACCGGCUGUGAGAUCGUGAUGGGAAACCUGGAGAUCACCAUGAUGGAUCACACCAGAGACUUCUCCUUUCUGCGGUCAAUCAGAGAGGUGACGGGCUACAUCCUGUUCGCCCUCAACGAGUUCAGCCACCUGCCCCUGGACCACCUGCGUGUCAUCAGAGGCACCACGCUGUACGAGGACCAGUACGCUUUGGCUGUGGCGGUCAACUACAUAAAGGAAGGGCAGCAUGGCCUGCGGGAGCUGGGCCUGACACACCUCACAGAGAUACUCAGGGGAGGAGUCAAGAUCAUCCAGAAUAAGUACCUGAGCUACGCCCCGCAGGUGAAGUGGCUGGAUAUAGUAAAGGAUCCAUCAGCUGAUAUUAUGAUUGACGACAAUGGGCCUGAAAAGCCUUGUCACAAAGCAUGUGGAGGCCCUUUAUGUUGGGGUCCAGGAAAUGACACAUGCCAAAUCUUGACGAAGACUGUGUGCGCCCCUCAGUGUAACAGUCGAUGCUUCGGCAGAAGCCCGAGCGAGUGUUGUAACAUCGAGUGUGCCGGCGGCUGCAACGGCCCGCUGGAAACAAACUGCUUUGCCUGCAGGAACUUCAACAACUCGGGCGCCUGCGUGCCUCUGUGUCCACAGACCCUCAUCUACAACAAGCACACAUUCAAGCUGGAGCCUAACCCCAACGCCAAGUACCAGUAUGGCUCCAUCUGUGUGACCCAGUGCCCACCUAACUUUAUUGUGGACGGCAGCUCAUGUGUCAGCACUUGCCCGGCUGGAAAAAUGGAAGUGCCGAAAAACGGAGUGAAAAGAUGUGAACCCUGUGGAGGCCUCUGUCCAAAAGCUUGCAUUGGCACAGGAAGUCCGGACAGACAGACUGUCGACGCUCACAACAUCGACAGUUUCAUAAACUGCACUAAGAUCAUGGGCAGUUUGCACUUCCUGGUGACCGGGAUCAAAGGUGAUGAAUACAAUGGUGUGCCAGCCCUUGAUCCAGAGAAACUGAAAAUCUUCAACACUGUGAGGGAGAUCACAGACCUCCUCAGCAUCCAGUCCUGGCCUGAAAACAUGUCUGACCUGUCAGUCUUCUCCAACCUGGAAACAAUUGAGGGCAGAACAAUUUUCAAAGGAGUGAACUCGAGGAAGCACAGGGGCAACGCUCUUUCGGUGAUGAGGAUCCGCUCUUUGACCACCCUGGGGUUACGGUCGCUGAGAAAGAUAAACGGGGGCGGCGUCUACAUCAUGGGAAACAAGAAUCUCUGCUACCAUGACACCGUGAACUGGACACGCAUCGUCACCAGCCCUCCUCCUGCGCCACCCAAGAAGCUCAUCAACAUCAAAGAGAACAAACUCAGAAGUCAGUGUGUUCGUGAGGGCCAUGUGUGCGACCCCCUGUGCUCCUCUGAUGGCUGCUGGGGCCCGGGGCCCAACCAGUGUGUGUCCUGUAAGAAGUACAGCCGAGGAGGGACGUGCGUGCCAGACUGCAUGUUCUUAACUGGGGAGAGGAGGGAGUUUGCUUCUCCAUCAGGGGAGUGUUUGCCGUGUGACAAGGACUGUAAGGUGCAGGAGGGGAAGCAGACCUGCACAGGCCCAGGAGCGGAUGAGUGUGUAGCCUGUGCCACCAUGCAGGACGGUCCUCACUGUGUCUCCUCAUGUCCUCAAGGCUUUCCUGAUGAGGAGGGCAUCAUCUAUAAUAAAUUCGCCAACAAAAAAGGCCUCUGUGAACCGUGCCACGUCAACUGCACCGAAGGGUGCUUCGGCCCAGGAAUCGAAGACUGUGGGAUUUCAUCACGGUACCUUACUGGACAAGCGACCACAGCCAUCGUGCUGGGAGUGAUCGCCCUUCUCUUUGUUUCAUUCUCCGUUUUCGUGCUCACUGUUCUGUACCGCCGAGGUCUCGCCAUCCGUCGCAAGCGAGCCAUGAGGAGAUACAUGGAGAGCGGAGAGAGUUUUGAGCCUCUGGAUCCUGGAGAGAAAGGUGCUAAAGUCCACGCUCGGAUCCUGAAGCCCACUGAGCUGCGUAAAAUCAAGCUGCUGGGUAACGGAGUGUUUGGCUCAGUCCAUAAGGGCAUCUGGAUCCCAGAGGGCGACACAGUGAAGCUUCCUGUGGCCAUAAAGACGAUUCAUGAUCGCGCCGGACGGCAGACUUUCUAUGAGCUGACUGAUCACAUGAUGACCAUUGGAAGCAUGGACCACAUUAACGUUGUCAGGACCCUGGGCAUCUGUCCCGGAGCCAGCCUGCAGCUCGUCACCCAGCUCAGCAGUCAGGGAUCCCUGCUGGAGCACGUCAGGAACUGCAAGAACAAACUCAGCCCGCAGAGGCUGCUCAACUGGUGUGUUCAAAUCGCAAAGGGUAUGUAUUACCUCGAGGAGAACAGGAUGGUCCACAGGAACCUUGCCGCCAGAAACAUACUCUUGAAGAAUAAUUACACCGCCCAGAUCUCAGAUUACGGCAUUGCAGAUCUACUGUACCCAGACGACAAGAAGUACUUUUACAAUGAGGUCAAGACACCAAUCAAAUGGAUGGCCUUAGAGAGCAUCUUGUUCCGCAGAUACACACAUCAGAGCGACGUCUGGAGCUACGGUGUGACGGUAUGGGAGAUGAUGUCAUACGGGGCAGAGCCGUACACCACGAUGCGUCCGCAGGAUGUUCCUGAUCUGCUGGAGAAGGGCGAGCGUCUGUCCCAGCCUCAAAUCUGCACAAUUGACGUCUACAUGGUCAUGGUCAAGUGUUGGAUGAUCGAUGAGAAUGUCCGUCCAACGUUCAAAGAGCUGGCAAAUGAAUUCACCAGGAUGGCUAGAGACCCGCCUCGCUACCUGGUCAUCAAAGAGGACUGCAGCCAACAGGACUCAGCUCCGGAUGAACUCGCCCAGCGGAGUGCAGAUCUGGACGACCUGGACGAUCUGGACAUUGAGCUGGUGAAGGAGGAGGAGGUAGUGGUCGAUGGUUUGACUCCAGCCCCCCACUACCUGUCACCCGCCAGGAGCCACAGUCGCCUCUCCAGGAUGGAAACUCACAACAGAGUGACUUUGAAUCCAUCAAACGUGGCUGGUUACCUGCCUAUGACUCCAGGUGUUGACAACCCAGGACAGGCCAUGUGGCAGUCACGCUCUCGACUAAACUCAGCCCGCACUGUGUCCGAGAGCUCGGAGGGCUGCGGCACAGCAGUGGAGCUGGAGAUCAGUGAGGACUUUUCUCUGUCAGGGAGCCUGAAGAGGCGACGUCAGCGCGAGGACAGCGCCUACAUGUCGCAGAGGGACAGCUCGUCUGGAGGUCCACCAGAGACUCCAUCACCAGAAAUCGAGGAAGAGGACCAGUAUGGAUACGUGCUUCCUGGAGACAGCCCAGAGAGAGAGACCCUACUUUCCUCAUCUCGAGCCGCUCCCGGCAGGAUGGCCAAGUCUCACUCGUCAAACCUCUUGGAUGACCCAGAUGAAGAAGAAUAUGAGUACAUGAACAAGCAGACGAGUGUAACACCUGUCCCGACCCGGCACAGCAGCCAGUGGCUGAAGCCAAACAUGAAGCGCACCUCCUCGGUAUCGUCACAAGCAACAGCCUGCUCAAGCGACACCAUGCCGUAUGUAGAGGUCAGGGGAGGUCACACGAGGAGCAGUAACAACUCCGAUUCAGAGCAGCAGGGAUCUAAUGAAGUCGAAUAUGAAUACAUGGACAUCAGGGGCAGUGAGAAAGAUGAAAGCCCUCCAGCGCCUGACCCUCCUCCGACACCAGCGAGGACGGAGGUGGAGGAGAAAGAAGAGGAAGAUGAAUAUGUGGAAGACAGUAACUAUCACUACACCAACAGACAGCCGAAGCUGCGUCAAGCUCUCAGAGACAGGAAGGAGCUGAAGGUAGAGGGAAGGGACGAGGACGAGGAGGAGGCUUAUGAGUAUGAGGACAUGGACUCCUUUGCUGCACUGCAGCCUGGAGACACGGUGGUGUACCACAAUCUGCAGAAGGAGGGGGAGGGAGCGGUCGGGGGCAUGGGGCCACAUCGAUCCGGGUUUGAGCCGUAUGUAAAAGUGCGAGCUGGAGUCACGGUGGGGGAACCUGCAGGUGCCGACAGAUCUUUUGACAAUCCAGACUACUGGCACAGCAGAAUGUUUCUGAAGCCCAAAGCAGUGCCCACAUGAAGAACUUUUUAAAUCUCAAGAACUCACCUCUGAGAUGUAUUCAUGAAGGACCCAUAACUGGAAAUGCAAUCAAAAGCCAUUUUAAAGGUGAUUCACUUGCAAAAUGAUCAAUUACUCACCCGGUGUUACAUGGAAUACUUGAAGAAAACAUUGUCUGCAAAACAGAGUAAAUCCUUGAUGAAUUGAGUACCUGUUUACAAUUUCUCAUACAACUUUUGCAAUAUAAUCCAAGUCUCAUUUAUCUAGUCGUAUACUCCCUUCUCCCUAACACACGCAUUUUUGCUAAAAUAAUACUAUUUAAAAACACUUGUGCAGGCGCGAGACAGUUUAUAAUGAAAGUAUUUUACAUAGUAAGGUUUUAGUGAAAUGCAUGUGAUUGGAAUAAGUGAAAAUACGACUAUUACUCCAUUUACUUUAAUGUAUCUAAUUUAUUUUCUUGUUUUCCUUGGAGGCAUGCAAGAAUAAAAGUUUUCUUUAAGAAUUAAAGGUAACACAGGGUGAGUCAUUAAUAUAUCAUGUUACAUGUGAAGUAUUCCUGUAAAGGUGCAGUAUGCAAUUCUGUAAAAGGAGUUGUCUGCUCAUUCCCAGAUUGUUAAUACUGAUGCUUUACAUUGAUGUUCCGUCCUACUAACCCAAUUAUUUGACAACCUUCUCCAGAAUCACAUACUGCACCUUCAAUAAUGUAGCCUAUAUGAGACAGAUUUAAAUACCCAACAUGUGUGACUUUUUUACAGCUUCGUUGUCUGUUACAGGCUGACGUUAUGUCUUGUAUUCAGGCUGAUGUUUUGGGGGUAUUUCCAGAAAAAAUGGCACUGAGUGUUUAAAACACUGACAGACAUGAACAGAUUACAAGCUAUAUUUUCCUGUUUACAUUUUUAAAUGAACAAAGCUUUCUCUUGAGAACAAAUACGUUUGUUUGGAGUUUGGACUUUAAUUUCUUGAGACCUCUUUUAAUGAUGAUAUACAGUUUGAAAUACAUUUUCUACUCAAUAAAAAUAUUUUGAAUAACUAUAA